CUGGCGCAGGCGCACUUCGAGGCUCGGCGGUCGCGGGGGUCUGUGGUGGCUGCUUUCUGUCAGCCUUGCUCCGCGUACGGCGCCGCGGUUCUUCAGAGGGCCGCUCCUCUGGUGCCUGUUGUCAGACAUGGCGGAAGCGAUGGAUUUGGGCAAAGACCCCAACGGGCCUACCCAUUCCUCGACUCUCUUCGUGAGGGAGGACGGCAGCUCCAUGUCGUUUUACGUGCGGCCCAGUCCGGCCAAGCGCCGGCUGUCGACGCUCAUCCUGCACGGCGGCGGCACCGUGUGCCGAGUGCAGGAGCCUGGGGCCGUGCUGCUGGCCCAGCCCGGGGAGGCGCUGGCUGAGGCUUCGGGCGACUUCAUCUCCACGCAGUACAUCCUGGACUGCGUGGAGCGCAACGAGCGGCUCGAGCUGGAGGCCUAUCGGCUGGGCCUGGCCUCAGGCGCCGGCCAGGCCGCGGACGCGAAGCCCGGCGCUUCCUCGGCCGAGGGCGCCGCGGAGCCCGAGCCGCAGCCGCCGGCGGGCCGGAUCUCCUUCUCGGACGCGGACGACGUGGCCAUCCUGACCUACGUGAAGGAGAACGCGCGCUCGCCCAGCUCCGUGACCGGCAAUGCCCUGUGGAAGGCGAUGGAGAAGAGCGCGCUCACGCCGCACUCGUGGCAGGCGCUGAAGGACCGCUACCUGAAGCACCUGCGGGGCCAGGAGCAUAAGUACCUGCUGGGGGACGCCCCGGUGAGCCCGUCCUCGCAGACGCUCAAGCGGAAGGCCGAGCAGGACCCGGAGGCCGCGGACAGCGGGGAACCACAGAAUAAGAGAACUCCAGACUUGCCUGAAGGAGAAUAUGUGAAAAAAGAGAUGAAAGAGAAUGAAGAAGCAGUCAAAAAGAUAUUUAUGGAGGCCACCCGGGAGUUUGAGGAGGUUGUGGUGGAGGAGAGCCCCGAUUUUGAAAUACACAUCACAAUGUGUGAUGAUGAGCCAUCUACACCUGAGGAAGACUCAGAAGCACAACCUGAAGAGGAAGAGGAAGAAGAAAAAGUUUCUGCACCAGAGGUGGGAGCUGCCAUUAAGAUCAUCCGGCAGUUAAUGGAAAAGUUUAACUUAGAUCUGUCAACAGUUACACAAGCCUUUCUGAAAAACAGUGGUGAGUUGGAGGCUACUUCCUCCUUUUUAGAGUCUGGUCAGAGAGCUGAUGGAUACCCAAUUUGGUCCCGACAGGAUGACAUAGAUUUGCAGAAAGAUGAUGAGGAUACCAGGAAUGCAUUGGUUAAAAAAUUUGGUGCUCAGAAUGUAGCUCGGAGAAUUGAAUUCCGAAAAAAAUAAUUGGCAAUAUAAUGGGAAAGAAAAAUGAUGUGGCAGGUGGGACUAUUAAAAAUUGUGACCAUUGAAAUUUAGAGAGCUCUUGCAUUGACACUUACCUUCUGACCAAUGCUGCCGUUGCUCUGUGAAUUACAGGUUAUAACAAGCAGAGUUGUGUAGAAGGAUAAAAAGUCAGAGCAGUUGGUAUGUGUAUUUAUAAUUGUCCCUGGCAAGUAUCAGUGUUUAUGAAAGGAAAAUCUAACCCAGUGAGGGGUUGGUUUACAUAGUAGUAGUUCUUUGUGGAAUCGGGACCCCUGCUGCAUUGGUGACAGGCUAGUGACAAAGUCAAAGGAGGAAAUUGGGAGGCAUACAUCUUUUAGGUAGCAUGUAUGAAGAACCUCCCCUUUCCUUUUGCAGAAGCUCCUCUAGGUUGUGAUAUAUUCCAAAUCAAUAAUCUAGAAAUAUGGAAAGAUCUAAUUGCAAAGUCUUAAACAUGAAAUAUCCCACAUCCUUGUAUUCUCCCAAUGAGCUCUUAUUUUAGACUGCUUUGAAAAUCCUAUAUUUGCUUUGCUGUCCUUUUCUUCAAUCCCUUCUCAGUCAAGUCUCCAGGAUGUUUCUUUACAUACCACUCGGUUUUGUUUAACACAUACACAGAACUCUCAAGAGUCUUGAAGAACAGUCUUACUCUGUUAAUAGUAAUGUGUUUUUAUUUAUUGAGAAUAGUUUUGUGCUAAAGACUGUGCUAGACUUAAAAAUUAGUGGGAUCACUUCCACUUUGUUGUGUCGCUUUUGUUAUUGAAAAUAAAUAUAACUUUGUAUUUGAA